UUUUUCCCCCACUCUUUUCUCUCUCUCUCUCUCUCAGCUGCUUCUUGUUCUCUCUCAUAAUUCAUCACAACAUUCACAAAGAGAUCAGAUCCGAGUUGGUUAGUCUGUCUAUCAAUCAAUCUCAUAUCUCAUAUAUCUCAUGUCUAUAACAUUGAUCAGUCAAAAUAUCCAUCAAUCAAAUCAUUGAGAAAUCAUCAUCAUCAUCAUAUCAUAUAUUACAGGUGAAUUUAGACAUGUCCUCUUCAGCUGCUUUUUCCUCACCGGACCAGCACUACCACCUCUCUCCCUCCGACAAGCUUUGUUACGUCCAUUGCGACUGUUGUGACACUAUCCUCGCGGUGAGUGUUCCUUGCUCUAGUUUGUUCAUGACCGUGACGGUUCGGUGCGGCCACUGCACCAACCUUCUUUCGGUGAACAUGAGAGCCCUUCUCCCCUCGUCUAAUCAGUUUCACCAGCUCGGACACCCUUUCUUCUCUCCUCAAAAUCUCGUGGAUGAAAUUCGGAGCUCCCCUUCAAAUAUGUUGCUCAUGAAUCAACCUAACCCUAAUGAAUCCCUCAUGCCGAUUCGAGGAGUUGAUGAGCUUCCCACACCCCCUGUCCCUAACAGGCCUCCAGAAAAGAGACAGAGAGUGCCAUCUGCUUACAACAGGUUUAUCAAGGAAGAGAUCCAGCGUAUUAAAGCUGGAAAUCCUGAUAUUAGUCACAGGGAGGCUUUUAGUGCGGCUGCAAAGAAUUGGGCCCAUUUUCCACAUAUUCACUUCGGACUCUUGCCUGAUCAAUCCGCCAAGAAAACAAAUGUUUGCCAGCAGAAGGAGAGGAUGCACUGAUGAAAGAUGGAUUUCUAGCUGCUGCCAAUGUGGGAUUUCUCCUUACAUAUAACUCGACAAGUGAAAUUAGGGCUUGUUUGAUUCAUAAUUUCCCAGUUUAACUUCGUAUGACUAGUUAAUUAAGGUACUUGUUUAUGUUGUCUUUGGACUGGAACAUGAUCGACUUUCUAAGUACUAGUUUAAUUUGUAGUUUAA